AGCCGUUCUCGAGUUUUAGCGAGACUAACGAACAGCAAUUCAUUUUUAUAUAUAGAGAUUAUUAUUAUUAUUGGGGCUCCUUAUUGAAAUGUAAAAUUAUAUCACAUUCUGUAUUUCCAUGAAAUUGAGUUUUGAUUUUCAGACAACCAACGUACCGAUGUUUCACAGGUCUUAACAUCGAUAUCUUCUUAUGCCGGCCACUCACAUGCGCGCAAACAUUCGUACAUUAUACGAAUGUUUGCAUGUGAAGGGCCGUCAAACAUUCAUUCGCAAACUUAGCGGCUGUGCAAAUGGGUUCGGUACUCAAUUUGCGAACCCGUUUGCGCUUCCUCCUACACUUGUUUACGAAUGUCUCACGAAUUUAUCCUUUUUAAUUCGUCAAUAGAACAUUGAAGAGAAAAAGAGUUUUGAAUUCUUUCUCAGACAUCAUUAACAGCCAUGCUGUUUUUAUGGGAUUUCUUUUGAUGAAGAUACGCUACACAGUAGACGUCAAGAUCUAUGAAAAUAGCGAAACGUGCGUUGCCUUCGCAAUCCUGGGCGCAACUGGUCACACGAAUGUGUGGGACACUACGCGAAGGAUCGCGGUUCGCACGCUUUGAUGUCUGAUAAAAAACCGACACAGCUUGGAAAACCACGAAUGCAGCGAAAACUUUGCAUAAUCAUUUGCAAAUGUCGUCCUACACUUGCGGGUUUGCGUAUUCGUGCGCAUGUGAGUGACCGGUGUAAGGACCUGUAAAUAUUAAACCAUAGAUAACACAUAUUUAAUACGGGUACCGUACUUAAUAAACGGGAAAUCCUUUUAGACAAAACAAAAACUUUUGUUCUUGUGCACUGUGUAAAGUUUUUUUUUUUAUCUAGGUAUUUAAUGAGAGAAUUCCAUGGAGUUAAUAAGUACCAACUCUAUGGAGAAUUCUGACCAUUCAUUUAAUGCAUAAUGUCAUAGACUAUACACUUAAUAUAUUCGAGAAUGUAUAGUUACACAUUCAUAAUAAUAUAAACUAGUAAAAUAAUUUAAAGUGUUUAGUCAUAAUAAUUUAAACAAAACCCUAGUUUCUAGUGUUCUAGACGAAUAGAUUACGCCGAGUUUAACUAAUAAUUAAAAUGUCUGAUGAGGAUGAUUCCGAUGUUGAAGCAAAAUAUUUCAAAGAAAUAAGUGAUGAAAUACAGACUUUGAAAAAAAAUCCAGAAACGUCUGGUAUGUUUGUUUCUGGUUGGGACGACGCAGAUCAGGAUGUUGAUUUGGUGAAAGAUCCGAAAGCAAAUCCGAUUGAUCAUGUAUUAUGGGCUGCAGAACACAAUAAGCUAGACACUCUCAGAGAACUACUAGUUGCCAAACCAGGGCUUGUUCAUUCAAGAGACUCCGAUGGUUACACUCCACUACAUCGAGCUGCUUAUUCAAAUCAUUUGGAUGCAAUAUCUUUACUGCUAAGUUUUGGAGCAAAGGUUAGCAGUAAAUCUGAACUUGGUUGGACGCCAUUACACUCUGCAUGUAAUUGGAAUAAUUAUCAUAUUGUAGCAAGACUGUUGGCUGCAGGUGCAGAUCCUGCUGCUCCUUCUGAAGGAGUACAAACUCCUCUUCAUUUAGCUUCCCAUCUUAGUCACUGCAAAUCAACUUUACUCCUACUAUUGUUACGCGAAGACUUAGUUGAGGUUGCAAGAAAACCGAACAAUAGUGGGGAAACACCAGAACAGUUGGCUCGCGGUCAUGGCAUAUAUGCUCCUUUGUUUGAAAUGGUUUCACCAGCAUCAUCAUAUGUUUCUUCUUUAGCUUUCACAUGUAAUCGUUAUUUACAAACAAAUAAGUAAAAUGACAAUGUUUAAAUAAAAUUGUAAAUAUACAUACCAGAUGUUCGACAUC